AAGGAGCGAGAACCUGGCGUUGUUAGAGCAGGUGAGAGCUCAGCUGGUGGCAGAGGGCACCAGCCGCUGCAGGAGUUCCUGGAGGGACCCCAAGGCCGCUGAGCAGGGACCCGCCGCGCGGGUUAUGCUGGGGACUCAGAUCCCUGCGGAUAAUCGGUCAAUCAGGACGGCACCAUGGCGGAUUUGCAGGAGGAUUACGAAGAGGGGCUGGGAGAGAUUCUAGAGGAGGAGGAGUAUGAAGACGCAGGCGUCCCCGCGCCCCAGGUGGAGGAGCCCGAAGCUCAUGUCACCGAGCCGACAGCCACAGACUACCACACCACAUCGCAGCCAGGCACCCACGAGGUCUACGUGGAGCUGCAGGAACUGGUGAUGGACGAGAAGAACCAGGAGCUGCGGUGGAUGGAGGCUGCGCGCUGGGUGCGGCUGGAGGAGAACCUCGGGGAGGGCGGGGCCUGGGGCCGCCCGCACCUGUCUUACCUCACCUUCUGGAGCCUCCUGGAGCUGCAGAGAGCCUUCGCCAAGGGGUCUGUCCUCCUGGAUCUGGCAGAGACCUCCCUGGCCGGAGUGGCCAACCAGCUGCUGGACAGGUUUAUCUACGAGGAGCAGAUCCGGCCUCAGGACCGAGAGGAGCUGCUCCGGGUCCUGCUGCUCAAACACAGCCAUGCCGGAGACCUAGAAGCCCUGGGGGGUGUGAAGCCCACGGUCCUGACGCGUUCUGGUGGCCCCUCAGAGCCCCUGCUUCCCCAGCAGCCCUCGCUGGAAACUCAGCUAUUCUGUGAACAGGGAGAGGGGGGCACGGAAGGCCGCUCUCCAUCUGGAAUUCUGGAAAAGAUCCCCCCAGAUUCAGAGGCCACCCUGGUGCUCGUGGGCCGAGCUGCCUUCCUGGAGCGGCCAGUGCUGGGCUUCGUCCGGCUGCAGGAGGCCACGGAGCUGGAGGACGCUGUGGAGCUUCCCGUGCCCGUGCGCUUCCUCCUUGUGUUGCUGGGACCCGAGGCCCCUCAUAUUGACUACAACCAGCUUGGCCGGGCUGCUGCCACCCUCAUGUCGGAGAGGGUGUUCCGCACGGAUGCAUACCUGGCCCAGAGUCGGGGGGAGCUGGUGCGCUCCCUGGAGGGCUUCCUGGACUGCAGCCUGGUGCUGCCUCCCUCGGACGCCCCCUCGGAGAAGGCGCUCCUCAGCCUGGUGCCCGUGCAGAGGGAGCUGCUGCGAAGACGCUACCUGCCCAGCCCGGCCAAGCCAGACCCCAGCUUCUACAAGGGACUAGAUUUAAAUGGGGGUCCAGGGGCCGACGGUGGCCCAGAUGACCCUCUGCAGCGAACAGGCAUGCUCUUCGGGGGCCUGGUGCGUGACAUAAAGCGCCGCUACCCUCGCUACUUGAGUGACAUCACAGAUGCCCUCAGCCCCCAGGUCCUGGCCGCCGUCAUCUUCAUCUACUUCGCUGCCCUCUCACCUGCCAUCACCUUCGGCGGCCUCCUGGGAGAGAAGACCCAGAACCAGAUGGGGGUGUCGGAGCUGCUCAUCUCCACUGCGGCGCAGGGCAUCCUUUUUGCCCUGCUGGCGGCUCAGCCCCUGCUCGUGGUUGGCUUCUCAGGGCCUCUGCUCGUGUUUGAGGAAGCCUUCUUCUCGUUCUGCAACACCAAUGGCCUGGAGUACCUCGUGGGCCGUGUGUGGAUCGGCUUUUGGCUCAUUCUGCUGGUGGUGCUGGUGGUGGCCUUCGAGGGCAGCUUCCUGGUCCGCUUCAUCUCCCGCUACACCCAGGAGAUCUUCUCCUUCCUCAUCUCCCUCAUCUUCAUCUACGAGACGUUCGUGAAGCUGGUCAAGAUCUUCCAAGACCACCCACUGCAGAAGCAUUAUAUGCACAAUGUGACCAUAGAGCCCAAACCUCUGGCUGCCCUGCCCAACACAGCCCUCCUCUCCCUUGUGCUGAUGGCUGGCACCUUCUUCUUUGCCAUGAUGCUGCGCAAGUUCAAGAACAGCUCCUACUUCCCUGGCAAGCUGCGACGGGUCAUCGGGGACUUUGGGGUUCCCAUCUCCAUCCUCAUCAUGGUCAUUGUGGAUUUCUUCAUCAAGGACACCUACACCCAGAAACUCAGCGUGCCUACGGGCCUCAAGGUGUCCAACUCCUCUGCCCGGGGCUGGGUCAUCCACCCACUGGGCUUGUAUUCCAAGUUCCCCAUCUGGAUGAUGUUCGCCUCUGUUCUGCCUGCGCUUCUGGUCUUCAUCCUCAUCUUCCUUGAGUCCCAGAUCACCACGCUGAUCAUCAGCAAACCCGAGCGCAGGAUGAUCAAGGGCUCCGGCUUCCACCUGGACCUGCUGCUGGUCAUUGGCAUGGGCGGGGUGGCCACUAUCUUUGGGAUGCCCUGGCUCAGUGCCACCACUGUGCGUUCAGUCACCCAUGCCAAUGCCCUCACCGUCAUGGGCAAGGCCAGCGCCCCAGGGGCUGCAUCCCAGAUCCAGGAGGUCAAGGAGCAGCGGAUCAGCGGGCUCCUGGUCUCUGUGCUCGUGGGCCUGUCCAUCCUCAUGGGGCCCAUCCUGUCCCACAUCCCCCUGGCUGUGCUGUUUGGCAUCUUCCUCUACAUGGGGGUCACAUCCCUCAGCGGCAUCCAGCUCUUCGACCGCAUCUUGCUUCUCUUCAAGCCACCCAAGUACCACCCGGACGUGCCCUUCGUCAAGCGGGUGAAGACCUGGCGCAUGCACUUGUUCACGGGCAUCCAGAUCAUCUGCCUGGCGGUGCUGUGGGCCAUCAAAUCCUUCCCGAGCACCUCCCUGGCCCUGCCCUUCAUCCUCAUCCUCACCGUGCCCCUGCGCCGUCUCCUGCUGCCACUCAUCUUCAGGAAACUGGAGCUCCAGUGUCUGGACGCGGACGAUGCCAAGCCAAGCUUCGAUGAGGAGGAAGGGCGGGAUGAAUAUGAUGAAGUGGCCAUGCCCGUGUGAGGGGGAGCACCUGGGCCCCAGGUGUCUCCUCCGCUCCCUGCUCUGCUCUCUCAGGACACGUGGAAGCUCAGGGGCAGCUCAGGGACCCCCAGGUCCCUCCUGGGGCAGCAGCUGAGGCCCCGGAGCUAUGGGUGGGGCAAGGAUGGGUGUCUAGGAAAACUUCCACAAUGGGUAGACUGGCUCUUCUGGCUGGAAACGGGCAGCAGAGCCCAUGUUAGGGCGUUCGCGAUACGGUGCUUCCUGCUGCCACAGUGCCACCUGGGGAUGCCCUGCUAGGGGACUUAGAUCAGAGCCCUGCGUCCUUGUGACAAGGACAGGGGCAGCAGUGAGGGAGGGAGGUGGGAGGAUGGGUUCAAGUUCCUGCUUGCUGUGUGACCCUGGGCAAGUCCCUUAACUUCUCUGGCCUCUGCAUGUCUUCUGUAAAAUGGGUAUUUUGAUAAUAACAUCCCCACUGCAGGGUGGUCACUGAGGACCAAAGAUAAAUGUAAACAAAGGGCUUUGUAAACUCUGAAAGGACCUUUAGGCUGUAGUCAUUGUUCUUUUUCAAGCCUGCCCAAGGUCACACAGCUCCUGAGCUGUGCGGCUGGGGGUUGAACCAGGUCUCCUGAUUCUGAGGCCAGAGAGAGAUCUGGGCCCUGCUUCAGUCGACCACCUCCCCAUGCGUUUAGCGAUGGCCCUGCUGGCUGCCCCUUCCCCUUCUCAGCCCCCACCCCCUACCGAGGGACCCUUUUCUCCAGAGCAGAGACAGGUGUGGGGGCAGACAAGGUGUGGGGGAGGAGACAGGGAGGCGCUGCAGGACUCCCACGUGCUUGCUCCCUCCCCCGCUGCUCUCACUCACUCACUUGUUCAUUCGUUCCACAAACAUUUACUGAGCCCCUGGACCCUGUGGACACAGAGGGGACUGAGACAGGAGCGGGGAGUGAGGGACAACUCACAGCCUGUUCUCGAUUUGGAUGGGGGGUGGGGGAGGAAGGAGAUGGGCUGGGAGAAGGGAAGGAAGUUUGUGGUUUAUUGCUUGUGUAUUUUCUCAGAGCUAUCAUUGUAUUUUGGCUUCACACAUACCCAGACCCCCCAUUAGAGGCCCACUGCCCCCAAACCCACCCAAGCCAAUUCUUGAGGAGAACCCAGAUUUACCAGUUGGGGUAGGAGACAGUGGGUCCUGCAGAAUAUGGGCAAAAUCUAUUUAAAAAAAAACAAAAACCCAAACAUCCCUGACUGGUAUGGCUCAGUGGAUUGAGUGCCAGCCUGCGAGCCAAAGGGUCACUGGUUUGAUUCCCAGUCAGGGCACAGGCCUGGGUUGCAGGCCAGGUGCCCGGUAGGGGGCGCUCAAGAGGCA